CUCGCGGGCAGCCGGCUCGAGCCCCUGCCCCUCAGCUUCGUGCCCCCGGCGCCGGGCGGCCGGCGAGUCUGGAGCGCGCGCGGCCGUCGGCCCCGUGCCGCGGGCAUGGAAGGAGGCGGCAAGCCCAACUCCUCGUCCGGCAGCCGGGACGAUGGCCACAGCGUUUUCCCCGCCAAGGCGCCCGCGACGGGCGCGGGGCCGGCCGCGGCCGAGAAGCGCUUGGGCACCCCGCCGGGGAGCGGCGGGGCCGGCGCGAAGGAGCACGGCAACUCCGUGUGCUUCAAGGCGGACGGCGGCGGGGGCGAGGAGGCGGCCAGGGGCCUCGAGGACGCCGAGGGGCCCCGGCGGCAAUACGGCUUCAUGCAGAGGCAGUUCACCUCCAUGCUGCAGCCCGGGGUCAACAAAUUCUCCCUCCGCAUGUUUGGAAGCCAGAAGGCGGUGGAGAAGGAGCAGGAAAGGGUUAAAACUGCAGGCUUCUGGAUUAUCCACCCUUACAGCGAUUUCAGGUUUUAUUGGGAUUUAAUAAUGCUUAUAAUGAUGGUUGGAAAUCUGGUCAUCAUACCAGUUGGAAUCACAUUCUUUACAGAACAAACAACAACACCAUGGAUUAUUUUCAAUGUGGCAUCAGAUACAGUUUUUCUUUUGGACCUGAUCAUGAAUUUUAGGACUGGCACUGUCAAUGAAGACAGUUCUGAAAUCAUCCUGGACCCUAAAGUGAUCAAGAUGAAUUAUUUAAAAAGCUGGUUUGUGGUUGACUUCAUCUCAUCAAUCCCAGUGGAUUAUAUCUUUCUCAUUGUAGAAAAAGGAAUGGAUUCAGAAGUUUACAAGACAGCCAGGGCACUUCGCAUUGUGAGAUUUACAAAAAUUCUCAGUCUCUUACGUUUAUUACGACUUUCAAGGUUGAUUAGAUACAUACAUCAGUGGGAAGAGAUUUUUCACAUGACAUAUGAUCUCGCCAGUGCAGUGGUGAGAAUUUUUAACCUCAUCGGCAUGAUGCUGCUCCUCUGCCACUGGGACGGCUGUCUUCAGUUCUUAGUUCCACUGCUACAGGAUUUCCCACCAGACUGCUGGGUGUCUCUAAAUAAAAUGGUUAAUGAUUCUUGGGGGAAGCAGUAUUCCUAUGCACUUUUUAAAGCUAUGAGUCACAUGCUGUGCAUUGGGUACGGAGCCCAGGCCCCGGUCAGCAUGUCUGACCUCUGGAUCACCAUGCUGAGCAUGAUUGUUGGGGCCACCUGCUACGCCAUGUUCGUUGGCCACGCCACAGCUUUAAUUCAGUCUUUGGAUUCCUCAAGGCGGCAGUAUCAAGAGAAGUAUAAGCAAGUGGAGCAAUACAUGUCCUUCCAUAAAUUACCAGCUGAUAUGCGUCAGAAGAUACAUGAUUACUAUGAACACAGAUACCAAGGCAAAAUCUUUGAUGAGGAAAAUAUUCUCAAUGAACUCAAUGAUCCUCUGAGAGAGGAGAUAGUCAACUUCAACUGUCGGAAACUAGUGGCUACAAUGCCUCUUUUUGCUAACGCGGAUCCUAAUUUUGUGACAGCCAUGCUGAGCAAAUUGAGAUUUGAGGUGUUUCAGCCUGGAGAUUAUAUCAUACGGGAAGGUGCUGUGGGUAAAAAAAUGUAUUUCAUUCAACAUGGAGUUGCUGGUGUCAUCACAAAGUCCAGUAAAGAAAUGAAGCUGACAGACGGCUCUUACUUUGGAG